AUGUACCGCGUGCUGCAACCUGAACAAUAUAAACAUCUAAAAAUUUAUCAGUUAUCGUUAAAAAUGUCUAGUGAGGACACAAUUUCUGAGAUUGAGCAGUUAAAUAUCACUGACAACGAACGCAUGGUUGCUAAUGGUGACAAUGUUGGAGAGACGACUUACAGUGCGACUUGGAUAUUGAGGAGAUUGGUGAUGUUGUCAAAGAUUAAUGAAGAACAAUGGACUUCUGACUUGGAAACCCAACUUAGUUAUCUCUGGGAUAUGACAACUGAAAAAGACGUUGUUGAUUUUUUGUGUGAAAAUAAUUUUCUAUCUGUCAGUGAAUUUGUUAUUGACAAUUCACCAGAUCCAAGAUGCACGGAAAUCAUCGUAGGCAUUAUUGGAAACUUGUGUUCACAACCAGCAGCAUUUACGCGCAUUACCAAUACACCGACUCUGGUGACUAAAUUAAUAAGCAUGAUGUCCUCUGGUGAUACUGAGACAUUGAUCCAAGUGCUGAGAGUACUUCAAGCUGGAGCACGUGAUAUGCAAAUAAAUAUCACAUCCCCUUGGCGCGAGUACUUGUUGAACGGAAAACCUUUGGCAGAUGCGUUGAUAUUUAUUUUCAGUAGUUCGACAAACAAUUUACUGUUGACUGGGGCUUUGACUUUGAUGCAGUCGAUCACUGCUAAUACAAUAUUUCUCAAUGAAAUAUUUGAAAUAAAUCCUUUGCUGAUGUCACUAGUGGAAACUUACAACCAGCUGAUGUCUGCAGAAGAACCCGAAGCUGAAGAAGACGAGAAUCAGCAGCAGGACCGAGUUGUCAUAGAUCUUUGGAUAGAGAUCGUGUCUAAAAUACUCCAACGUCAAACGGAAAAUCGUAUCGGCAACCAUCAGAAAAUAAUUGAUGUUUUGACAAAGAUUCUGGAAAAGUUGGAAAAAAAUAUGAUUCCGAUGGAUGACGACAAAGCAUCUUGUAUUUAUGACUGCGUUGUAAUGAUCAAUUGGUUCAAAAAACGGCGUUAUCAAGUUGACAUAAAUAUUUUGUGUCCACUUACUAAGAUUAUGAUUAAACUCGAUGCUGAAAUAAUGUCCCAUCAGGAUAAUGAUAAUGAAACGAUGAUUGAUUUAUUAAAGUGUUUGCAUAAAUAUUGGCUUGAUAUUUAUGGCGAGAGUGAGGAAGAAGUUAUUGAAGAAUAUUGGUCAACUUGUCCGCCAGAAGUAUCAAAAUAUUUAGUAAAUUAUAUUUUUAACGGGACAACUAUUUACCUGUAUAAAUAUUGUCUAGUAGUAUUGUUUUGUACAUUGUCAUCAAUAAUUAGUCUGAAUUUCAAAAUAAUGGAUUUAUCUGAUAUAGACGAAGAGUAUGCAGGCUUUGGUAAAUUAAACUAUAAAAAAAUUGAUAAUUAUAAUUUAUCUUCUGACGAAAAUUAUUGUGAAAACAAAAAUGAACCUUCGAACCAACUAAAAAGUAAAACUCAAAAAAAUUAUUUGCCAUCAUCAACAUGUGAGACGGGCCCGAAAAAACCAAGAGCUAGAAAAAAAAAACCUGCAAGUUGUCUCAGCGAUGAUAAGGUUAGAGAACGUAAAGAAUUGGCCAGAGAAAAAUUAGAAUUGAAAAUAGAGAAAAGGCGGAUUAAAAAUAUUGAACCAGGUGAAUGUAUGAAAUUUAUAAAAGUUGAUUUCCAUAAUAACAUAAGUAAAUUUAAUUUUUAUGAUGAAAUUAUUUCGAUGUUGGACGCAUCUUCUGUUGAUUACUCCACUAAAAGUUCAUUACCUGCACCCAAUAGUAUUUCUUGGAGACGAAUAGUAGAGGAGUACUCAAUAGAUCAUGACAAUAAAGUCAGUACAUCAACAAGCGAGCAACAGGAAAAAUUUCUAUUGAUCAUCUGGACCUGGGAUAAAGUUAUCCAACUGAUCCACGACAAAUCAUUCGUCUCAGCCGUCACCAAUUUGUACAAUUCAGUUCGCGAAAUGAAUCUAACUCUGGUGAUCUAUGGGGCAGAAAAAUAUUUCGAGUACCACGAGAGUAAAGGCAAGAAAAAAACAUCAAAUAAAAUGUACGAGUGCAUUGACGACAUUCCCAAGGUCUCCAGAAAUCUGUUCGACGCAAAUUUAAUUCAAAUACAAAUACUGGCUAAAUGUAACAGCAGACUCAUUGAGGAGCCAGCAGACAUGAGUUUAUUAAUUUAUCAGUUCACUAAAUCGAUUGCUGAAAUUCCAUACAAACUGGAGAUGGAUAAAAAAUUAAACAACCAACUUGAUUUCUAUGCCACUGGCGAUAACAAAAAUACCAUUCAAGUUGACAGAGAAGGCUAUGGUUUAAAAAAACUCUGGCUGAAACAACUCUGCAUAUUCAAUAACUCCAGUCUAGCAGUUGCCGAUGCCAUAUCUUCUGUAUAUUCAAGUCCUCAGCAAUUAAUUCAAGCUUAUUUAAAUUGUUCCCGCGAAGAUGGAGAAAAUCUUCUAAAAGACAUUCCAAUCAAAAGAUCAAUAACGUCAACAGCAGCAUCAAGAAAACUGGGACCCGAGCUCAGUAAAAAAAUGUACACCCUAUUUACUUCAAGAAAUGGAGAUCAAUCCCUGCAAAUGGACAAGUGAUCCAAUUAAUUGAUCCAGAUAUCAUUUUAACGGGUGCUGAAGCUCCAGCGAAUCCCGGUUGGUUUUUAUCACCAACGAUCGUUUGGGAAG